GCCGGAUAUCCGGUUCCUUCGGGCGCUCAAGGAGCUGACGGAGAGGGCCGCCGCCCAGCAGUAGACGCUGUCUCAGCCAGCCGGGCCGCAGUCUCAGCCAGCCGGGCCGCAGUCUCCGCGGUGUGUGAGUGAGCCCGGGCUCGGUUCCCUCUCCCGCCGCCGCCAUGGGCUGCACGUUGAGCGCCGAGGACAAGGCGGCGGUGGAGCGGAGCAAGAUGAUCGACCGCAACUUGCGGGAGGACGGAGAGAAAGCGGCCAAAGAAGUGAAGCUGUUGCUACUCGGUGCUGGAGAAUCUGGUAAAAGUACCAUUGUGAAACAGAUGAAAAUCAUUCAUGAGGAUGGCUAUUCAGAGGAAGAAUGUAAACAAUAUAAAGUAGUUGUCUACAGCAAUACUAUCCAGUCCAUCAUUGCAAUCAUAAGAGCCAUGGGACGGCUAAAGAUUGACUUUGGGGAAGCUGCCAGAGCAGAUGAUGCCCGGCAAUUAUUUGUUUUGGCUGGCAGUGCUGAAGAAGGAGUCAUGACUCCAGAACUAGCAGGAGUGAUUAAACGGUUAUGGCGAGACGGUGGGGUGCAAGCUUGCUUCAGCAGAUCCAGGGAGUAUCAGCUCAAUGAUUCUGCUUCAUAUUACCUAAAUGAUUUGGAUAGAAUAUCCCAAACGAACUACAUUCCAACUCAGCAGGAUGUCCUGCGGACAAGAGUGAAGACCACGGGCAUCGUGGAAACCCAUUUCACCUUCAAAGACCUAUACUUCAAGAUGUUUGAUGUAGGUGGCCAAAGAUCAGAACGAAAAAAGUGGAUUCACUGUUUUGAGGGAGUGACAGCAAUUAUCUUCUGUGUGGCCCUCAGUGAUUAUGACCUUGUUCUGGCUGAGGAUGAGGAAAUGAACCGAAUGCAUGAAAGCAUGAAACUGUUUGACAGCAUUUGUAACAACAAAUGGUUUACAGACACUUCAAUCAUUCUCUUCCUCAACAAGAAAGACCUUUUUGAGGAAAAAAUAAAGAGGAGUCCAUUAACUAUCUGUUAUCCAGAAUACACGGGUUCCAAUACAUAUGAAGAAGCAGCUGCUUAUAUUCAGUGCCAGUUUGAAGAUCUGAACAGAAGAAAAGAUACCAAGGAGAUCUAUACUCACUUCACCUGUGCCACAGACACCAAGAAUGUGCAGUUUGUUUUUGAUGCUGUUACAGAUGUCAUCAUUAAAAACAACUUAAAGGAAUGUGGACUUUACUGAAGAGGGUUGGAUGUUAAUAAAAGUUACUGCAGUGUGGAGUGUUGAGCCCAGACUUCUUUUGCUGUCUCAUUGGGCAGCUACGAGCAUGAACGGGACCAGGGAAUGGCAGCAUGCAGACUCUUAGCGCUCUGUAGCACAAUCUUCUGUAUUAGGGAACUCUUAAUUGACACGAGAUGCUCAAGUCAGACAUUGGAAUUGGAACAGCUGUAAAGUAUGAUUCGUUCAUCAAGACAUCACUUGGAUUUCAUAAUCUCAAAUGUUUAGGGCCGAUGUGAAGUUGAGGUGCUGCAUUCCAGAACUUUACUGUGUAGCUUACUGUUUUUUUCCUUCUUGACAAACCACCAGUAGUUCAUUUUUCAAGUUUUUUUUUCAUCAAGAGAGUAACGUGACUAAAUUUUAUUUCUUUGUUUGCAAAAGAAUCUUUAUUAAAACACAAUCUUAACUAUGCACAUGAUGUGGCCAGAUCAUCUUGAAAAUUUUCCUCUUAGUAGGAACUCUUUGUUUUUACUUUUGGUAUGGUCAGAACAUAAUAUUUCCAUAAUUACUUAAUUCUUUAUGGCUAUUGGGGCUAUGAUUAUAGCUUUUUUGGAUGAAGUUUUUGUUACUCUCCUGUUCAAAGUACCAUUCUGGUUUCUAAAUGGUAAUUACACUGGAGAAUUCUGUAAUAAGAUUCUAGCUCUCUAACUUUUGUUUAAGCUUAUGGUUUAAGGUUAACCUGGUUUAUGCUGAUUACCAAAUUACUAGGUAAAUGCUGAUGUAGUAUGUAAAGUUAGCUUCUUGGAUACAGACACACCCAGGGCAGCUGUUGAUUAGAAAUGCAAAUUGCUAAAUUCUAAACAGAAACAGUGACUUUGCUGCUUCAGAUCUACUAAAUUGACCACUUUGGUUCUUGCUUGUUUGUCUGAGUCAUAGGGAGUUCUGUAAAAGAUGCCCCUUGUUUUCCAUCUUCCAUGGCCUUUUCUGUUGGGAAACAUCUAAAGUGUAUUAACAAUGCAUGCUUUUACUUUGUAAAUGUGGUGCCAAAUCCCUGUUUGCCAUUGUUUUUAUUGUAGCAAUGUUAAUUGUAGUAAUUCUUAGUCAGUACCUUCUUUUGCUGAACCUGUUGCAUUUUGGGACUUUUUCCACUAUGUUGUGUGUACAGAUUUUAAUCUGUUAUAGUUGGCAGCAGUAUUAAAAUGGUGAGUAAAGAGUCCAGGUUUGUUCCUGUUUGUAACUAGUCCUUUCUGGAAAUAUUUUCUUCUGUUUCUUUUUGUCCCUGCUGAAUGUGCUUUGGCCUUUGUCUGAGAAUGGGUUUAGGUAGAGGGUUCCUUGAAGGGCUAGUCUUUUGGUGUAACGGUAUUGUUGAAUCUUGGCCUGACUGAGGGUCUUAUGUCCUAUCUCUGUAAGUGACAUGCGGUCAUAAUCCAUUUUCCAGGUUUACAUUUUGGUUUUGUGGAGAGCUUUGAAUAUUCACUUCAGCCUGCAGGUCCUUUUGUAUAAUGUACAGCAAAUGUCCUUAAAUACUGAAUGGGCCUUUGGGGGAAGGCAAAUGAAGAGAAUGCAUUUUGAGCAUUCCACAUCAGCAGUCUGAGUAGUGCCUUUUGGAGUCCAGUCUUUUUGGAUUGGAUUCUGUGUCGUCUUUUGAUGUAACCUUUUACUAGUUUAAAACAAAACACAAAGCUGGUUCAGAAAGCAAACCACAGCAGUUCAGUGCCUUUUUUGGAAUUUUUUUUCUUAUUCUUUUUGGACAGGUAUAACUAUGCAGAUGGUAUAACUGUUAUUAUCUAAACAGUUUUUUUUUUAGGGUUGGAAAAACUGGAUCUAAAAGAAAAUGAUCAGCUUCAAUUGGUGAUUAACUUAAGCCCACAUAAGUUGAUAGUUCUUGUUCAUUUUGCAUAUGUCUUUUCCUUAUUGUAUUCUUUGAUAUAGGAUCAUCUGGAAAUGAGAACUGGUGGAAUAUUGUUUUAACUGUAGGCUUUCUAUAGUCAGGGCUAAUGGGAUGGUAUUGUUGAUAAUCCAAAAUAACAGAUAAUCUAAGUAAGUUAAUGAUACUUUGAAAUACACUUUGUAUUUUCAUUUGAAUAUGUCUGUCUGAUAUGUUAAUUUUCUAGCUUUUCUGUUAAUGAAAAAUAGUAGUUUUCCACUUUUCUGCCUUUAUACCAUUUACCUUUGUUCUAUAUUUACAUGAAGAUCACCCACUACCCUACCCAUGUAACUUAUUUAAAUGCACAUUCCUUGAGGACACAGGGACACAAUUCAAGUCAGUGGUUUUCAGAUAUGCCUUAAGUCAAAAUCACCAGGAUCCAUCUGAGCGAUUAACUCUUGGCUGGUGGGCUAGUGACCUAUAAUUUUAAAAAGGUGAUUCUGAUUAUCGGCUUUGCAAAUUACCGUUGUAUUUUGAAAUAAAAGAUCUUUUCUAAUAGCAGAGCCAGAGUGUGGGGGUGAAACAUCAUGUAUACUAGCCUAGAGAAAAAAAAAAACUGAUAUUUGUAAUCAGAGAAACUAAAAGUUGCCUUGUAUCCUUUCUGCAGAGAAUGCUGGAGGUUUGUGCUGGACCACAUUUCAGUAUUCAUAUGGCCAGGUUUUGGACCAUCUAAGAAACCAGCACAUAUAAGAAAAUUAAAUUUUAAUGAAUAAAGAACAGUAAAUAGACCCUAGAAGGGAGGACUGCAACAGUAGCUUUAUUUUGUUGACAGUCACAUCUUCACCUGAUUAAACCUUGGGCUGUAAAAAAAAAAAAAAGUGCCAUUCAUUAGGCUCUAUGUAAAGAGGAAGUAUUCUCCUUAAUGGUCAGUCUUCCCCAACUGUAUAAAUUCAGACUUGCAACAGAUUUCACCUCCUGGCGUGAAAAUUCCAAGAACUUUUUCAGUUAUUCAAAGUGGAUCUUGGGAUGACAGUUCAUCUUGGACAGUUUGAAUUCUAAUCUCUAGUUCAGUGUAUUGUUCUUUUAUUAUUUCCGGUGAUGGAUUGUUAUUUUUGACAAGGUGCUGCAUUCUAAGAAUAGAUGGACCAAAUUUUAAAAGCUAUCUUCUUGCCUUGUUUCUUAUUCUCUUAUGUGUUCUAUUUGUGUUUUAUUACAUGCACAUUAUUUCUUUAAAAAUAACUGCUGGUGCUUCUGAUUCAUUUGCCCACCUUAUACUUAUAUCCUGACCACUGUUCUCCGAUUCGUGGCUAUGACUUUCUUUGGACAUUGCUUGCCUCGCCUGACUAGUUUCUUCAUGUAUGUAUACCUUUGUGUAGCCUGGUUCUGGAGCGUCCUGUUGCAGAGCUGGUUGCUGUACUGGCAGUUCCAUACAAGGUAAAGUUAGUCUUUCCCUCCAGUUAAAAACCUCCCUUUGGUUGAUCUUUUUCCCCUUCCAGAUGUUGAAAAAACCACAGUCCUCUACUCAUUUAAACAUACCUAAAACAGCACUAAUUUUCUUCACUCUUGCUGCUUGUGAAAUCCUUUAUACCCUGUACUGACUUUAAGAACAAAGUUAUUUCAGUACUGCCAGGUCAUUUUUGUGUUCUUCUUCAGGCUUCAUAGUACAAGUCAGAGAUCUGGCCUGGACCAGCCACAGCUCUCCACAUAGCUUUAUGGCCUUCUAAGCACAAGAGCACACCAGGCUGCUUCGAGGCCUGAAAUUGCAAGUUGGUCUUGCUGUCACCUGUCAGGAAGUGAAAGGUUAGGUGAGACACUGGGGAACAAACUUCCUGGGUGGUCAAGAUCUUUGUUCCUUUACCUUUGUUUAGUUUUUGACUCUUCCCCCCCCCCCCCCCACUUUUCUUACAACUUGUAUGAGUUACUUCUGCCAGGAGAGCAUACUCCAGAACAAGUCAGGACAGGACAGUUUUUUUCUGAUACUAUGUCAGGCUUACAUACCUGGCCUGACUCCAGUCUUCUUAGGAAUGAAAGAUAAUACAGGAGAUUAUAGUAGCAGUAGAUACCUGAGGUGCAAGAUUCCCUGGCUAGGGGCGCCUGGGUGGCACAGCGGUUAAGCGUCUGCCUUCGGCUCAGGGCGUGAUCCCGGCGUUAUGGGAUCGAGCCCCACGUCAGGCUCCUCUGCUAUGAGCCUGCUUCUUCCUCUCCCACUCCCCCUGCUUGUGUUCCCUCUCUCGCUGGCUGUCUCUAUCUCUGUCAAAUGGAUAAAUCUUUACAAAAAAAAAAAAAAAAAAAAAAGAUUCCCUGGCUAAACUCUACUAAAUUAAGAUGUUGGAGACAGGUCCUGAGAACAUGUAUUUUUAAAUAAAGUCCUGUGUGGUUCUGAUGAAGCUAACCUGGGCCAACAUUUGCCAACAACUGAAUAGGACCUUAUGUUAAAGAUCAACACAAAUAAGGGGUCCCUGGGUGGCUCAGUAGUUAAGCAUCCGACUCUUGGUUUCGGCUCAGGUUAUGGUCUCAGGGUUGAGAGAUCAAGCCCUGCUCAGAGUCUGCUUGAGAUUCCCUCCCUCCCUCCCUUCCUUCCUUCCUUCCUCCUCCGCAAAAAUAAAUAAAUAAAUCUUUUUUUUUUUUUAAGAUCAACAUAAAUAGUGGACCUAUAACCUUAAAGUUACUAGUAAAUGACUGAGGCAUUUUUUAUUUGCCAAUAAAUAAGCACAUUUUAUAUGUGACUUAAGAGUGUCAUUCACCAAAAAACUUAGUAAGAGAACUGCUUAGUCAAAGAACGUUCCUACACUUUUGAUACAGAGUAGUUUUUAUACAAAAUUAAGUCAAAACAAGAAACUUGGAGUUUCCAAACAUUUGCUUCAUUUGUGUUACUGCAUUUAUUCAGUGAAAAUUGAAAGAAACGUCAAAAUAAGAUAAAAUCCCGUGAUAGAGGGCUAGCUAUAUAUAUAUAUAUAUAUAUAUAUAUAUGCGCAUAUAUAUAUGCAAUAACAUGCAUAUUCAUUUACAGUUGGUGGAUAAAGAGCAAAGCUAGCUAGCUCUAAACUAUAGACUGGAAAGUCUUUUUGAGACAGGGCUAAGGAAGGGGUAGGAAAGGGGAAUGAUUGAGGAGUCAAAUAGAAAAGUCUUUGUAUGCUUGCUGCUGCUGUUUCCCUGAAAUCUAGUGGGAUUCAGCAAGGUAGCAGAAAUAAUCCAGUAUUAGUAAAUACACUGCUGGGAUACACCAUCUCAGUGUAUUAGCAUCCAGAUGUAAGAUCUUUGACAGGUGGAAUAUUAAAUUAUGUAAAAUGUGGUUUAUCUGUCGCCUAUCCUCUAUUACCCCCCCUUCCUGCCCCCAUAUUCUUUUUGGUUAGCCAAACAUUUUUACCUAGAGGCUUGUUGUAAGGUUCCCAGCAGACAUAACAAAUCACAAGAAAUUAACUGUUCUUUUUAACUCUUCAUUUUUGCUCAUGAAGGAUAAAGGUCCUGAGACCUCUCAGAAUCUUAUGGAGAGAGCCGUUUGUUACACUCGGUUCUGGUCUUUUCCCUGCUUCCAACCGGCUCUGAAAGCUUUUUCUUAAAUCCUCAUCUGUUACCUAAAGGUAGACUAAAUUAUUCCUUCCAGCUAUGACGUACUAUGGUUGUGAUCCAGUUGAAAUAACAUAUUUAAAAGUGCUUUGUAAAUAUUCUUUAUGAUACUCAAGAUGAUUCUGUCCUGCAAAACAAGUAAUCUUUUCAGGCAAUACCAACAGAUGUGUUCAUUGUAGCUGGCUGUCUUCUCAGCAUGACUUUUCCCAUACUCAUUUUGAACACCUGAAAUGAAGUUAACUAUAAAUGGCUGUAAAAUUUGUCAAGCCGGGUCAAAAGAAAGGUCUUUGCUUUGUUUUGUGUUUAAAUCCAGUUCUUUAUUUCUGUUCAUACUAGUGCUUGCUUCUUUUUCAUGGCCAAAAGGCAGAAACGUACCCUUCUGCAGUCUGCACUGUGUCUGUUGGACCUCACAGGAAUGUCUUCAUGCUUUUACCUAGCGGAAACACCAGAGGCUGUGGCACACUCGCAGUCCCUGGGCCAACACUGAAGUCCUCCUGGAAUCUGUGCUCCGGGGGCUGUGCCGGGUAGAGAGGGCAGUGGGAGGUAAGAGCUCUUCACCCUUCACCACCUUCUCCACCCAGCAUGGCCGGCACACUUUGGUCUACGGCACAUCUCCAAUUAUAGAGUGGGUUUUGAAUGCUGUUAUUUCUUACCUUGGGUUUGGGGCUACCCUGAUUUGAACUCUUUGUGGUACAUGUAAGUGAAUUUUUUAUCAGAGUACUGUUACAAGUAAAUGUGUCUUUUAUA